AGUUGUCGGCGAGCCUGCCUAGCGAACGGUAGUGUCUGUACGUGUCGGUACGAAAUCAACACCUAAAUGUCAAAUGAGAUGAUUUCGAAAAAAAAUAGUGACAUGUGCUUCGUAAUAACGUAAACAUACAUUGUGACGUUGCGUUUUUAGUGUCCCGUAGCGGUAUACGCUGUUAUUAACCGUUUUAAUCUUGAUGUUAGUAGUAAAAUUUGUAGUCCCAGUUCUGUUCGUGAUCGUGUUUUCGCUAGCCCAUAUAAAACAUUAUAGCUCGUCUUCGGGUUACUGAUCUGAAUGACAAUGAGAAUAAUACAUUAUAAAAGUGUAUUGUGAUUUUUUUUUUGUAUAAAAGAUGCAGGAGUAAUUCACGAUGGACCGCGUGAGUGGGGUGUGUAGGUUUGGCGGAGUGAUGUCGGCGGUGCGAACUAGAACAGGCAGAAGUAAACGCCGGCUGGGUGGUCACAAUCCUAUACCCGAAGACAUGCCAGAGGCUCCAAGACGAGGACUGGGGGCGGUGUUGGUGCUAGCAUGUAUCGUCGUAUAUCACAACUGCUUAUACUGCGGCUUCGUAUUCGACGAUAUCAGUGCCAUAAAAGAAAAUAGAGACUUGAGACCACAAACACCCAUCUCCAACAUCUUCCUCAACGACUUUUGGGGAACUCCUAUACAUAAGGAACAGUCCCACAAGUCGUAUCGGCCUCUGACGGUGCUAACCUUCAGGUGGAACUAUGCCGUCCACGGCUUACAACCAGCCGGCUACCACCUAGUGAACCUCCUUCUGCACGCACUUGUCUCACUACUAUAUUACAGGGUGUGUGCCAUGUUUCUGCCGGAGUUCGCAAGUUUCGUAGCGGCCAUCUUGUUCGCAGUGCACCCCAUACACACAGAAGCUGUGACCGGUGUUGUGGGCAGAGCCGAAAUGCUUUCUUCGUUGUUCUUCCUUGGAGCGCUUCUGUUCUAUGCCCGUGCUGCUAACAGACGUCGAUAUACAGACUGGCGGUACCUGGUCGCUUGUACAGCAUGUGUCGGGGUGGCCAUGCUGUGCAAAGAACAAGGCAUCACAGUCACCGGUGUCUGCGUAGUCUACGAAUUGUUUGUCGCCCAAAAGCGGCGUAGUUCAACGGGAGGUAGUCGUUGGUCGUGGUUGGAAGCUUGGGGCAAAGGUUCUGGAUGGGGCUGCGCGUGUGGUGAAGCGGCACGCCGGGUUGCCACCGUCUGCUGCGCGACCCUCGCACUUCUGGCAGCUAGAUUACACGUGAUGGGCGCUCAACUGCCCGUCUUUACAAGAUUUGACAAUCCGGCUGGAGCAGCACCGCCUCCUGCCAGGCACUUGACAUUUGCGUACUUGCCAGCAUUGAACGCUUGGCUGUUGACGUUGCCUGAAGCGUUGUGCUGUGAUUGGACUAUGGGCACAGUAGCCCUGAUACGGUCUUGGCGGGAUCCGAGAAAUUUGGCGACGCUUGCACUAGCAACUACACUUAUAGCUGCCGCUGUUCAUGCUCUGAGGACAAGAUCAUCUCCACUGUCAAUGGGUCUAGCACUGUUAGUGCUCCCAUUCCUACCAGCUUCGAAUCUAUUCUUCCCCGUGGGUUUUGUGGUGGCUGAAAGGGUACUGUACAUGCCAUCUAUGGGUUGGUGUUUACUUGUGGCGCACGGCUGGCGACUUCUCGCCAAGAAGAGGGCGAAGCUCGCCGCAGCCGCACUUAUAUUCCUGCUCCUCGCGUUCAGCGCUAAGACUUAUGUCAGGAAUUGGGAUUGGAAAACUGAAUACUCUAUCUUUGCAUCGGGUUUGAAGGUGAACCGGCACAAUGCUAAACUGUACAACAACGUUGGCCACGCAUUAGAAGCCGAUGGACGGUACGCAGAAGCUCUAGAAUUCUUCAACACAGCAGUCAGUGUUCAACCUGACGACGUAGGUGCUCACAUCAACGUAGGUCGAACAUACAACCAUUUAGGACGAUACCAAGAAGCAGAAGAUGCUUACGUCAAAGCCAAAUCACUCCUACCGAAAGCGAAACCAGGAGAGUCCUAUCAAGCUAGAAUUGCCCCAAACCAUUUGAACGUGUUUCUAAAUCUAGCAAAUCUAAUAUCCAAAAAUGCUACGAGAUUAGAAGAGGCGGACAUGCUUUACAGACAAGCUAUUAGUAUGCGCGCUGACUAUACACAAGCUUACAUAAACAGGGGCGAUAUUCUUAUUAAAUUGAACAGAACUAAAGAAGCUCAAGAAGUUUAUGAAAGAGCUCUGUUGUAUGAUAGUGGAAAUCCGGAUAUAUAUUACAACCUGGGUGUAGUGUUGCUAGAACAAGGCAAAGCAUCCCAAGCCCUCGCAUAUUUGGAUAAGGCUUUAGAGCUGGAACCGGAACACGAACAAGCACUUCUCAACUCCGCCAUACUACUGCAGGAGCUGGGAGCUGCCGACUUAAGGAAUUUAGCAAGGCAACGACUCCUCAAACUACUGGAUAAAGAUGCUACCAAUGAACGAGUGCAUUUCAACUUGGGUAUGGUGUGUAUGGAUGAGGGUGACGCGGAAUGUGCCGAGCGAUGGUUUCGCGCUGCCGUACAUCUAAAGCCAGACUUCAGGUCUGCCCUGUUCAACCUUGCAUUACUGCUAGCGGACAGGCGGCGGCCGCUAGAAGCCGCGCCGUUCCUCAAACAACUGGUGCGUCACCACCCGGACCACGUGAAGGCACUGGUACUGCUCGGAGAUAUCUACAUCAAUUCCGUCAAGGAUUUGGACGCGGCCGAAAGCUGCUACCGCCGCAUCCUCGAAUUAGAGCCGGAGAAUGUGCAAGCUCUCCACAAUUUAUGCGUAGUGGCGGUGGAGCGCGGGAAGCUAGCGAUCGCAGAGGAAUGUCUCACGCGCGCCGCCGCACUGGCGCCCCACGAAAAUUAUAUACAGCGCCAUCUAGCGGUCGUAAAGGCGAGACGUUCGGCUGCUUCCACUGCUUCGAGUACUGCACCGCCACCAGCGGCCGAAGUGCGCGCCCGUUGGAACUACAUACCGCAACAACCGCCUGAUCCACACGAAGCGGACGGCUCAUAGCGAACUAUGUAAAUAAAACUAGAUUAAACAUCAACAGUGUUAUUAAUAAACAAGGUUUGGCGUUGGAGUAAAUACACGCUGAGACUGCAUUAGCAUUAGUCAAAAUUGAUAUUAUCGAACAGAGUUAACCUAGUACGAAGUUCUACGGGAGUAACAUGUAUGUACUCCUGGAAGUAGAUUUGCUUAUUCUCUGUAUAAUAACAAUUUGGACUAAUACUAAAAUUGCAAUUUUAGCGUAAAUUUAUGUUGACGCUAAACCUUGUUUAUUCAUAACACUACAAAGGAAUACGGCCAAUACGUUUACAUACUGAUUGCCUACUGCUCGACACGUUCUUAAAACUCUCGUGAUCAGGGUAUUUAUUACUUGUUGCGAUUCGUUUGCUCUGUUUGCCAAUCGCAGUUGAGGUUGCCAACAUUAUUAAGGAAAUUAUUAUAGCUCUUUUCAGAAUAGGACUUUAUGUAUAAAUAGAAUAUAUUACCAACACAAAUAAUGAAAUUUCAAUAGGUAUUCAACCCCCAAAUAUACUAGGUGUUUUCACUUCUUUAGCGGUAUAUGAAACACGGAUCCGAGAUAUAGAGGAUGUGAAACGGUUGGCCACCCCAACUGCAUUAAAUCUGUUAUUUUUUUUUUCAGUAAAAUUAAUUUUAGGUACACAAUAAUAAAUUUGACAAAGAAAAUAUAUGUAUAUAGGUAAUACCAAGUUAUAAAACCGUAAAGUAAAUGAUCAUUGAAAACAAUUACGUGUCUUAAUUAUUUUGAUAUUAACCGAUGCAUUUAUUGCGCCAAAUCUAUAUUUUAGAUUGAUCUCUUGGAGAACUUAUGAUUUGCAUACGGCGUUUCGUGAUAUUAGUUAAUUACACUAAAUAAUAAAAAAUAAUUGUAUGCCAUGAAUAUGUAUAAUAAUGAUUAGAUAUUAUGUAGACUAUUUUGGAACGAGCUUUUGUCAUUAUUAGCCUGGUAUACGGAAUAUAAAAUUUAUGUGCGCGUAUUUAUUAUAAUAGGUGAAAAUUAUGUAAUAAUUUGAUAUAUAAUGAUUUCAUUAAUUAUUGGUCCAAGAACACACAAUAUUGAUCAGAGAUGCAAGAAGAGUAAAAUAAAAUAAUUAAUUCACAAAUUAUUACAUUAUAUGUCGACAUUACUAUAUCAAUACGGCAUGCUUACCUUCAUGCUCACUAGCGCCAUUAUUGAUAAGAUGUUUUUAUUUAAAAUUAAGUUAAUAGAUCUAAAAUUGAAAUAAUUAUAUUGAUUUUCAAAGAACAAAUAAUUUCGAUAUCUAAACAUCUCUAGUCAUAUUGCAAUGUUCGCUUUAUUAUUUUACAAAAUGUGACAACAACUGUUUUUUUGUCUUUGUAAUAUCUAAAAAGAGUACGAUAUAGUUUUGUUUUAAACAAUAGUGUAUUAAGAUCGUAUCAUUGUAACUAACGUUGUCCUAAAGCUUCGUUUAGAUAUUGGGAGUAGCCAUAAAUAGCAUACCCCUCGUAUCAUCACCCCCAUACCGAAUAUUUAAUCGAAAAUAACACCUUUAUUAAUGUCUAGAAACAAUUUGAGCCCCAUAACGUUCGAUGAUUUAAAUGCUCUUCAAUUUAUAUUUACGAAUUUAUCUUUUGCAUAAAUAAAAAAUAAUACUGGCACAAUUAUUGUCUUUUUGUCACGGUUGAAGUUACAAAUGAAAUCAUUGAUAUUAUUACUUAAGUACAUGUAAAUAUAACUUACGUUUAAUUACGUUUAAUAACUCAAUUAAACAGUAAUUUGUCAUGUCUCGAAUAAAAUUCAGGUUUAUUUGAAAAUAAAUUCAUAAGAUCCAGUUCAUCACUGGUUAUAUUCUCAGUAACAAUUGAUAAAAUGUUAUUUUCGUAAGGGCUAAUGUUAUAUUGUAAAAAGAAAAUAAAAGUGAUCGACCGUUAUUAGAUUUAGACGUGAAAAAUGUAAUGUUGUUAAUGUUUUAAGAUAAAAAAAAAUUAAAGUAACUUUUGUAAAAACUGAAUUUUUUACAAUGUCUUGAAACAUUCCUGGUGGAUACUCUCUACUAGAGUUGAAGAAUUCGUAAGGACCCCGAAUAUUAUAAACUAUUUGUCGUCAAAACGUUUAUUUUUAUAAAAUAAAAUGAUGUUUCAAG